AUGGCCCUGUACGAAGAUGGCCGAGUUUGCUCAAAUUGUGAGCAUAUACCGUCAGAAGGGAUAACUUCUCGCCAAUUUUUUUCGAAAUGGAUUCAAUUCGGCGUGUUAUGCAGCAUUGUUUGUGGCAUGGGAAGAGGUUUGCGACAUGGGAAUCCAUUGUCUUCAUUUCUAUUUGUUCUUGUUGCUGACGUUCUGCAUAGGAUGUUCAGGGAGGCGGUAAGAAAUGGGCGAAUCUCACCGUUAUUGGUGGGUAGAGAUCACGUUGAGCGGUCACAUCUUCAGUUUGCGGAUGAUACUGUUCUGUUUUGUCUCCCGGAGGAAGAAACCAUAAAAAAUUACAGGAAAAUCCUGCGUUGCUUUGAGCUCAUGUCAGGGCUGACUAUUAAUUUUGAUAAGUCUAGCCUGAUUCUUGUUAAUUGUGAUGUUCAGUGGAUACACCGUGUUACCUACCCGGGGGCCAUGGAAGGAUAUCUGUCAACUACAGUUCAAGGAUCAACACUAAAACAGAAGAUGAUCAAUGGGCUGUCUAUAGAGAUUGGCGAUGAGAGAGGAACUCGGUUCUGGGAAGAUGUAUGGUUGCGUGGUGGGACCCUAAAAGAUCAUUUUUCCAAGGCUCUUCUCAGUUUCAAACCAAAGAGGAUCCGUCAUAAGGGAUUGUGGGUUUUGGGACGGGUUAGAGUGGAGAUGGAACUUCCAAUGGAAGCGAGAGCCUUUCCAAUGGAAGUUGGACUUAGUGAACCAGUGGAAAUGCUUUUGGAGGAUAUAGCGAGCUACAGCUUUACUAGGACAGUUUGGAAGGGUUUAGUCCCACCUAGAGUUGAAUUGUUCAUAUGGUUUGUCUUGACUGGAAAGGUCAAUGCGAAGGAGAGGCUGAGUCGGCUGGGAGUGGUUAACCAGGAAGAUGUUGUCUGUGUGUUGUGUAAUGAAAGUGUUGAAUCUGGUUACCACUUGUUUCUUGGUUGUGGAUUUUCUUGGCAGGUGUGGAUCCCUUCUGUUGCUGAUGACAAUGUCAAAGAUGACAGGGGCAUCAAUUAG